AUGGGGUCCCCGAGACAGGACCCCCACGGGUCGAAAAUGAGGAGAGUGCGUUUCUCUUUCGGCCCCCAAGGAGCGGGAGAACCGGCUGCUGGGGCUUACUCGGCAGCCGACGAGGUUCAGCAGCUCAGGGCUGGACCGGCCGGGACUGGGGCGGAGUGCGACCCCGAGGGUUGCUGGGCAGCGUCGAGACCCGGGGAGCACGGAACGGAGAAAUUGCGAAAACUUUCCGCAAGGGGACGCCAUUUCCAGGUGUCGCAGGCUCCCGACAACAGCGCUCCCUCCUUGGCAGUCACCGUCAGUGAACCACGCCGUGACCCUGGAGAUGAACGCUUGGAUUCCUGGAGCAAGUUUGCUAAGGACUCUAGGAGUUCCCCUCCACCAUAUCUCAGUUUAAUAAAUAAUUUUUUCAAGCCAGAGAAACUAAGAAACUCAGAGACGAGGUUUAAAGAAAAGACAGUGGUGGAAAUGAUGAAGCUGAACAACCAAAUAAAACAAACUCAAAUCCAGCAAGAAUUACUAAUGGAGGAGACCAGGCAGCUGUACGCUGAAAAGUUACUUGUCCAGACUGAAAACAAAUUCUUUCUGGAAUACCUAACCAAGAAAACUGAGGAGUAUGGAGGGCAGCCUGAAAAGCUGUGCAACAACUACUUACAAAAAACUGAGGAGAUUGAACGAAGGAGGCAAGAAUCAGCCUCCAAAUAUGCGAAACAAACUUCAGUGUUUAAAAGGGAGCUCUUGCAGAAGGAAAAGAUCCAGUUCAACUUAAAGCAGCAGUUGCAGGCACUGAGGAAUGUUUCACUAUUAAAGGAGAAACAGGAGAGAGAAAUACAGAUAUUACAGGAGGAGAAGAAGAAAACCCAAGCUGAGACAGAUGCAAAGAAACAGGAAGUCCAGGUCCAGUUACUCCAGGAAAAAGCAUUCCUGGAGAAACAACUGAGUGAGCCAGACAUGAGGCAGUUGGGAAAGAGAAAAAGAAAGGAGCUUGACAGGAAGGCCCAGGCCUUGGAGCAGGAAGCAAAGCAGUAUACUUUUGAGUUCUACUGCAGCAUCAGGAGAGAGAACCGGGAGUUAGGGAAGAAAUUACUGCAGCAAACUCAGCAAUGCCAGGAGUUGCAGGCUAUUAAAAGCCAGUUAAAAAAUCAGAAGCAGCAGCUGCAGCAGGAGCAGUGGUAUGUGCAGUGCUUAAUCCGGGGGAGGCAACGAUUGCAAAGAAGGCAUAAUUGGUGCCCAAGACAGGAUGCUCCAAAGGCCACAAUAACACCUCCCCUGAGUACCAAACCAAGGAUUAAUCCAAAGCAAUUCCUAAAAUAACACUGCUUCAGUAAGGACUGGAGUAUUCUUAUGUGCUGCAUACACCUGGCUAGGAAGGCUUUGGGACCUCAGACUGCUAUGAUAAAACAUCCAUCAUGAUGUGUUAGUGUGAAAGAUUAGGUGCGUUUUUCCAGCAGUAUGCUAGACAUUUGUGCCACCAGCUUCCCUUAAUUAGGUUUUUCCGUAAUUAGAUCUUGUUAAUAAACAGGAUGUUCCUUAACUCUCCAGAUAACCUAAUACCAUUUCCCAAACACCAGUACAUUAAACUAGCUCAAGAAAAGCACCCUGAGGUAGUGAAAGGAAAACGGUUGUGAUUUAUUUCAUCUAGCUAAGUUAGAUUUCUAAGAAUAGCAUUUCAGAUUGACUUUAUAUAGUGCCUUCUGCUCUGUAAACAACCAGUGAUCCUCAUGUCUCUUGGCCAGUUGCACACAAAGAAGGCAAAGUGCUUUUAAGCUCUUUUCCAGGUCUGCACCAGUGACCAGACAGUUCCUGCUCUAGUUUUGUCAAGUGAAAGAGUAAUCUAACUAAAAGGCAUGUUCAGUAAGAGCUAGGCUGGAGGAAGGGGGUGGAGCACUGGGCAGAAUGACCUUUUGUCUGACGCUCAGCCCCUACAAUUUUAGCUUUGAGUAAAUUGAGAAGGGAAGAGCAGAUAAAGGGGAUGUCUGUUAGGUCAGCUCUUACUUUUGAAAAUCUUGUCUGUGAAGAAAUACCUCUAGCAUUAAUGAGGUCACUGCUUAUUUCAGGAAAACAUAUGAAAAAAAGUUUUAAAAUAUUGGGACAACUUUAAAGAGUCUUGUGCCAUCUAUUUCCCUAACAACAUUCUAAAUUCUAAGACAAGUAAGAUUAGUUAAUGUUAGAUAUAGUAAGUACUUCAGUUUUAGGUCACUUACUACAUUUUCUUCCUACUAUGUGUGCACUUCCUACUAUGUGUGUACAUGAAAUGCCUUUUGUAAUCAAUAUGUGCCUUAAGUUUAUUUAGAAGAACUGGAAAUAAUAUUUUUAAUUAGUAUAGACUUUUAGGGUAGUUUUUAAAAAAUUUUUUUGCACUUAAUGACCUACUGAUGGCUGGACUAGUUAUUUGCAUGCUCAAUCCGAGUACAGGAAUAUAAUCCCAUAUUUUAACAUCACUCCUCUAUGGGAAAAUAAAAUCAACUUUGUUUUCCAGAAAUUGUUAGUGGUGAAAAACUUCAAAAUAAUUUUCCUGAUUUUCAGUUUUAUUCCUACGUAAAAUGAAUUCCUUUAAAAUUGUGGAGUAAAAAAUUUUUUCUCCCUCAAUGCCUUCAACUUUUAAACAAUGUUUUUGUUAAAUGUGUAGUUUGUUAUUAAAAAUAAAAACCUUAGAUUAUAAUG